CCCCUCGUUACCCCUGCUAACGUGACACUCGACCCCCGUAUACCGAAUUACGCGAGUUACGGGAGCGGAUCGGUCCAGUUCGUCGCCAACCCUGGCGCUCCCGUCCCUCCCACCACAUGGCUAUCCACUGGUACCGACACCAUGCGCGAAAUCAUCCAUUUGCUCUCUUUGGAUUGCCAUUCCUGCUCAGCGUUGUAGCAGCAUCCUUCUUCCUGACACCAAUUGUCGAUGCAAAGUACGAACGCAAUGACAAGCGCACCCAAUCACUGGAGAGCGAGUCUGAGCUCCAGCGCAGCAAGCACCGACGCCGCGUAAACGUAAACGACGAGUACUACCGCAUGAUGAACAUGGGGCAGGAAGACUACGACAUUGUUCGUGUGGAACGGCUGCCCGGCGAACCCGUAUGGGACAAAGACGAGCAGCAGUAGCAGGGACGCGGGAAGGGAUCCUUAGCCCUCACUAAACGACACUAGCUGCACCCGCGGCAACCCACCUGCCCACCCUGCCCCCACUGAUCUAUCGCAUCCUGCUCCUUGACCCCGCCUUGCAAUUACAAUUAUGAUUAUAUGACGUCACAUCUCGUUGAUAAAUCUGCUGCUUACAUGGGCAUUGGCAUGGCAACGGGUUUCCCAUCCCGGACUCCAGCGGGAGCACGUUCUCCACUACAGCGCCCUUCUCCUUGGGAGCAGCCCUAUGGGACUCUAGGCAUACCCGCUGGUGCCCCUUAAGCAUAAUAAUGAUGUCAUUACGACGCGAGCAUCGGAUUGGGCAAUUCAAAACAGACCAUUUCGAUCGGCAAACUUACAAGCGAACAAGCUCACUCCGAGCCUUCCAUUCGCUGCUAGGCGAAACUCGCUCGUUAGAGCUAAGCCUUCCUGCUCCUCGUCGAUUGGCCAGAGCCGCACUACUAUCAAUUUUUAAUCUUUUUUAUAUUUUCUUUAUUUUUUUAGCGAAUUACACAAUAAACGCGGAAAAACGAACAAAAAAUCGAAAAAAC